AUGGGCUUUGCCCUGGAGCGCUUCGCCGAAGCGGUGGACCCGGAUUUCCAGUGCAGGCUGUGCGGCCAGGUGCUGGAGGAGCCCCUGUGCACGCCGUGCGGGCACGUCUUCUGCGCCCGCUGCCUGCUGCCCUGGGCGGCGCGGCGGCGCCGGUGCCCGCUGCAUUGCCAGCCCCUGGCGCCGGGCGAUCUGUACCGGGUGCUGCCUCUGCGCAGCCUCGUCCAGAAGCUGCGCACCCAGUGCGACCACCGCGCCCGCGGCUGCGGCCACUCGGUCGGGCUGCGCGAGCUGGCGGCGCACGUCGAGCGCUGCGACUUCGGCCCUGCCCGCCGCCGCCGCCGGGGUUGCGUCUCCGGGCCGUGCGGCCGGGGCAGCGGGGACGCGUCCGCGCGGCGGGGCUGCGGCUCAGCGCCCGGGAUCCGCCGCGGCGGGACGCCGGGAGUCCGUGGCGGGAGCGGGCGGGCGCCAGGGCCUCAAGUCCUGUCCUGGAGGCGGCGCGAGAAGGCGCUGCUGGCGCAGCUCUGGGCGCUGCAGGGGGAGGUGCUGCUCACGGCCCGCAGGUACCAGAAGAAGUUCACUCAGUACAUGGCUCACGUCCGCAACUUCGCCAGGGACCCGGGCGGCGGCCGCGGCCGGGAUGGAGAGCAUAAGCCAUUCACUAUUGUGUUAGAAAGAGAAAAUGACACUUUGGGAUUCAAUAUUAUAGGAGGUCGACCAAAUCAGGAUAAUCAAGAAGAAACACCAAUGGAAGGAAUUUAUGUUUCAAAGAUUUUGGAAAAUGGACCUGCUGAUAGAGCAGAUGGCUUGGAGAUUCAUGACAAAAUCAUUGAGGUCAAUGGGAAGGAUCUCUCAAAGGCCACCCAUGAAGAGGCAGUGGAAGCUUUUCGAAAUGCCAAGGAGCCCAUUGUGGUCCAGGUGCUAAGGCGAACACCUCUCAGUAAACCAGCCUAUGGGACGGCCCCAGAAGUGCGGCUCGUGAACGCCAGCACCCAGACGGACAUCACCUUUGAACAUAUCAUGGCCCUGGCCAAACUUAGGCCACCCACCCCUCCAGUGCCCGACAUCUGUCCAUUUCUGCUCUCAGACAGCUGCCAUUCUCUUCAUCCGAUGGAGCAUGAAUUUUAUGAGGACGAUGAGUAUCUUUCCAGCUUGCCUGCUGAUGCAGACAGAACUGAGGACUUUGAAUAUGAGGAGGUCGAGUUGUGUCGUGUUAACAGUCAAGAGAAGCUGGGCCUGACAGUCUGUUACCGAACGGAUGAUGAAGAAGACACCGGCAUUUAUGUCAGCGAGGUAGAUCCAAACAGCAUUGCUGCCAAAGAUGGCCGGAUUCGAGAAGGGGAUCGUAUUUUGCAAAUAAAUGGGGAAGACGCCCAGGAUCGAGAGGCGGCGGUGGCCCUGCUAUCUAGUGAUGAGUGCCGGAGAAUCGUGCUGCUGGUCGCAAGGCCGGAGAGUCAGCUGGAGGAAGGUUGGCUAGAAGAUGAAAGGAAUGAAUAUUUAGAGGAGUUAAACUUAUCGAUGUUGGAGGAACAGCAUAAUGAAGCAAUGCAGCGCACUGCCAGUCAGGUGGAGCAGCCAAAAAAACAAGAAGAAGAAGAAGGCACAACAGACACGGCAACAUCCUCAUCCAACAACCAUGAGAAGGACAGUGGAGUGGGGCGCACAGAUGAAAGCUUGCGGAACGACGAGAGCUCAGAGCAGGAGAAUGCAGCCGAGGAUCCCAAUGGCACAUCUUUGAAGAGCAAGAGAGAGCUGGGGCAGAGCCAAGACACUCUGGGAAGCACUGAACUUCAGUGUAAUGAGAGCUUCGUGUCUGGUGAAUACAUUGACUCAGACUGUACUGGCAACCAAGAUGAGGAGUGCGAAAGGUUUCGGCAGCUCUUGGAGCUCAAAUGCAAGAUUCGGAAGCAUGGAGAGUAUGACCUGUAUUACUCAAGCAGCACAAUAGAAUGCAAUCAAGGGGGACGAGAGGGAGUGGAGCACGAACUACAGUUGCUUAAUGAAGAACUAAGAAACAUUGAACUUGAGUGCCAAAAUAUCAUGCAGGCUCACAGGCUCCGGAAAGUGACAGACCAGUAUGGAGACAUCUGGGCACUGCAUGAGGGAGGAUUCCGAAAUUAUAACACCAGCAUAGAUACGCAGAGGGGAAAACUAGAUGACAUCCUUGAACACCCAGAAAAGUCAGACAAAGACAGUUCUAGUGCUUACAACACAGCUGAAAGCUGCAGAAGCACUCCACUCACUGUGGACCGUUCCCCUGACAGUUCCCUCCCAAGAGUGAUCAACCUCACCAAUAAGAAAAACCUGAGAAGCACAAUGGCAGCCAAUCAGUCCUCUUCUGGACAGAGUAGUAAAGAGUCAACCAAAGCCAAAACCACUGAACAAGGUUGCGGCAUUGAAGGCAAAGAGAAGACUUCAGAAAGCAGCAAGCUUUCUGAUCCAGAGAAGACCAGUGGUGAACACAUCCCUUACCUGUCUCCUUACCACAGCUCCUCCUAUAGAUAUGCAAACAUCCCAGCACAUGCCCGGCAUUAUCAAAGUUACAUGCAGUUAAUUCAACAGAAGUCCGCAGUCGAGUACGCUCAGAGCCAGCUCAGCUUGGUGAGCGUGUGCAAGGAGUCUCAGAAGUGCUCAGAACCCAAGAUGGAAUGGAAGGUGAAAAUCAGGAGUGACGGGACACGGUACAUCACCAAGAGACCCGUGAGGGACCGCAUUCUGAAGGAGCGUGCCUUAAAGAUCAAGGAGGAGCGGAGUGGCAUGACGACGGACGAUGACACCAUGAGUGAGAUGAAAAUGGGGCGCUACUGGAGCAAAGAGGAGAGGAAGCAACACCUGGUGCGGGCCAAAGAGCAGCGGCGCCGCCGAGAGUUCAUGAUGCGGAGCCGGUUGGAGUGUCUCAAGGAGAGUCCCCAGAGCGGCAGCGAGGGCAAGAAGGAGGUCAACAUCAUUGAACUGAGUCACAAAAAGAUGAUGAAGAAGAGAAACAAGAAAAUUUUGGACAACUGGAUGACAAUCCAAGAACUGAUGACCCAUGGGGCCAAGUCCCCUGAUGGCACACAAGUUCCUAAUGCCUUUUUGUCAGUCACCGCGGUAUGACCGAAUGGAUGGAAGGCAGCUGACUUUCAGAGGGUGCUACCAGUUUGGGUAGAGGAUGCUUGCCUCGUUCAAUGUGGCGUUUUUAUAUAUAUUUUGUGACUCUUUAUAGUUUAAAUUUUUUGUAAGCAAAAAUACCUGCUAAUUUUUCAUUUGUUUUUCAUAUACUUGUACCUUCUUUUUGGCUGAGAUUUUUCUUUAACUUGUGAUAUAUUCGUAUUACUCAUUUAUAUAUAAAAACAAACAAAAGGAAAGAAAACAAAAAAAAAUGAACAAAAAUACUGAGGAGCUAAUUAAUUUCCUAUUUUAAUGUAUCUAUUGUAGAUCUGGAUUUAUUGCUCUAGUUUACUUAUUUUCUACUUUAAUAACAACUCAAUGCCAAAACAUUUCUCUGCUUGCUUCUUGGCAUAAUACAUAUGAAGUCAAACCUGUUGAUAAAUCAUGUGCCACAUCUUGUCUUAUACAUAAAAGCCACCUCUUUUUAACAUGCCGUUGUACAUUUAACACAUAAAUGGCCGUUGUCUUUGUCUCAGUAAAGUGUAGGUGGACAAUCUUUCUGUGGUAUGUAGUGACAUUGGUCAUGUAGCUAGAUAGUUGUGGUAAUUGUGACAAUAAAAGCAAAAUAAAUUAUUGAUUAUCCCUG